AUGGAGGAAUGCGGGGCCAGUGGGUUUGAUUUCAUCGCCUAUCAGCCUAAGGGGAAGCAACGGGACGACGUUCGGUCCAGGAUUCGAAGCCACGCAAUGAAGGCUACGAGCGCAAGUCGCCGAAGACAGAAUCAAGCUGACGUCAAACUCCCCGCCGAGGCCCCAAGUACAGGUCUCCAUCACCCCAUCCCGACCUUCGCACUCGAACUUACCAAAAUUGGGGAGUACGGGCUGGAUCCUAUCGACCUCUCUGCAUUGACGUCGAUCCAUUUGGGAAUAAGAGCAUCGACCAUACUUCGAACAGAGUCAACUCUAUCAAACCUAUUAGUCUGCCGACAACAGUCCUACUUCUCGUUUAUCCCAUCACGAGUUGGACAAACUGAGGCGCUCCAUAACGCAUUUCAAUGUCUUCGCACAGUUGCGCAUUCCACCCUCGCUCCAUCUCGUAAGAAGAGUGAUGGUCUGAUCAUGAAGGAUUAUGGAAAAGCUCUCCGGAGCCUUCAAUGUGCCAUAGACGACGAAAUGAAUAGAUACACUGCAGAGACGCUGUGUGCAAUCGGCCUACUAGCAAUCUUUGAGGUGUUGAAUCCCACCACAGGGCAUAUGUGGAGCAGACACAUUUCUGGAGCCUCACAGCUCAUACAAGCAAGAGGGCCAUCUGGAUUCAAUUCCGACUUUGACAAGUCGUUGAUAACCGCGUUGGUCUACCCAAUAUGCAUUGAAGCGUUAUUCAAAUCUCAAGAGUGUUUUCUUGACAACCCCGAAUGGACCAGGGUCCUCGAAAGUGCUGUCAUCGCGGAAGACACGUUCUCCGAUAGGUCUCGCCUCGGUGUGACCCUCAUGACCUUCAUGACCAGGAUCCCUGCUCUUGCGCUGAUGACAUUUCACGUCUUGUCAGCGGAUGAGUCCCUGCCGAUAGCUGAGCUUCAAGCUGCAAUAGCGAAAUUGCGUUCGCUCCGAUCUGCCAUUAUCGGUUGGCGCCGCAGCUUUAAUACAGCGCUUCUGAACUCUGUGAGCGUCUGUUCUUGUAGGACCACGUGCCGCGGGGCGAAGGAUGAGACCAGCAAGCGCUAUGAACUGCUUGCAAUAUCCAUCGUUCUCCAUAUUCUCACUGGUCGCUUGCUGCUAUGUGUCUCGGCCAACGAACGAGACUUCCUCGAGGAGGAAGUACAGAGCCAGGCCGCGGAGUUGAAGGAGAUCGAGGUUUCCGUAGCUGGGAAGCAUGAUCGUGCGACGUUUCUAAUCUCACAAAAAGCGAUGACAGCGAAUGCGACCAUCGCCACGCACUCUGACUUCCAAGAGUCCGUAGGUACUGGGAGACUAGUGGAAGCUUGGAAAUUGGUGAAGUUUUUGGAGCUGACAAAGCAGAAGGAGGUAUGA